UGUCAAUCGUACUUUGAUAUUGGUGGCUCAUUGUUUUUCAUUUCGAUUCAAUAGAUAAUUCAGUUUGUUUUGUAAAUAUUUAAUAAUUUUAAUUUGAAAGAAAUGGUUGACGACCUAAGGAAAUAUUUGAAUCAUCUACUGGAGAAGGUGAACGGGCUUCACUGUAUCCUUAUAACUGAUCGUGAUGGCGUGCCUCUAGUUAGAGCAGUCACAGAGAGGGCUCCGCAGUUAGCAUUGAGGCCUAAUUUCAUAUCAACGUUUGGUAUGGCGACUGACCAAGCAAGCAAACUCGGCCUAGGAAGAAAUAAGACAAUUAUUUCAAUGUAUUCAAGUUACCAGGUAAUACAAAUGAACAAGCUACCUUUAGUCGUCACAUUUAUUGGUAGUGAUAAUUGCAACACUGGCCAUAUAUUGUCUCUGGAAAGUCAAAUAGAACCUUUUCUAAAGGAUUUAGCAGCUGUAGUUGCAGAUGCCCCUUAAUAUAAUGCCAUUUUAUUUUUAUUUUUAUUAAAAUAACAUUUAAGUUCACUCUAAGAGACAUUAGACAUUGUUAUUUUUGUAUCGAGUUAACAAAGAAUAAGGAAUAUGUUUUAUGUAUUUAUAAUAGAAAAAUAUACAUAUUAUGUAAGAUUGUUAAUAUUCUCCAUCUAUUUGACACAUGAAACUUAUCAACAUUAUUAUUUACUUAUUCGAGGCAAAAACUUGUUUUUCUUUUGUAAACAGACUUACUUAAAUUGAAAUAUUAAGUA